UACGCCAGACGAAUUUGUAUCUCUCAGACCCACAGGGACACAGCCAUGGAGUCUCUCGUCGGCUUAUUAAUAGCGACACUACUCAUCUAUAUCGCCAAUGGUGCAUCUAUCUAUGAGGACGAGGUAGACUGGAAUGCGUAUGAAGUGACUUAUCCAAGGAGAGCGGACUCUUUGAGUGCGGACGGGGGUGAUGCAGAGCUAUCCACAAGGACAAAGAUCGGCCAUGAAGAGCAAGCGUCAUAUGUCGUGAACGCGUUCGGGAAAACCCACCACAUCGACCUCAAGAAAAAUCGUGAUCUGGUUUCCCCAUCGUUCACCCUACGCUAUUUCAAGAAGGAUGGCACUGAAGUCCUCAAACAGGUUUCCCCGGAGAAGUGUCAUUAUCAUGGUCGUAUCCGAGGAAAUUCCGACUCUCUUGCUGUGAUCAGCACGUGUUCAGGACUCAGAGGCUUUAUCGACGACGGAAAGUCCCGUUUCUACAUUCAACCACAUGACGACAAGGGUACUGGUGCACACAAGGUGUACGCCGUGAAACCAUUGGACCAACAGACCCCACGUGAUUGCGGCCAUUCUCAUACUGAGAAGAAAGCUAUAAAUAGAACAAGAUCCCAUUUCAAGACAAGACGGGAGCGUCGAGAGAUAGACGAGUUCUACAGAAAGUACUUCACCACUGAUGAGACACGCUAUGUUGAGCUUCUCUUUCUAGUGGACAAUAAAUUGUACAAGAAUUAUGGCAGCGAUGUUAAAAAGAUGACCCAGAAGCUGAUAACUCUUUCCAACGCUAUCGACGCUAUCUACAAACGCAUCAACAUUCGUAUCGUGCUAGGCGCCGCCGAGAUCUGGACUGACAGAGACAAAGUGAAGCGAAAGAGCGAUGUCUCGUAUCCGCUACUUGAAGACUUGGAAAAAUACAGAAAAGAUAUCUUACGCAAGAAAUUUCCGACCCAUGACAACGCGCAGCUCCUUUGUAAUGACGGAUGGGACGACGGGAUCGGGGGGCUUGCUGGCCUGUACCACAUGUGUACACCUAAAUCUUGCGCCAUUGACGCGUGGAACCACCAAACCGUCAUGGGACCAUGGAUUGCUGUAGCACAUGAGAUGGGACACAACUUUGGCAUGGAACACGACGAAGAGAUAGGUCACUGCACUUGUCUGACACCUCGGGGAUGUAUCAUGGGCGGACACAAGACUCGCAUUGCAGGCUUCUCAGACUGCAGUAUGGAAGCUCUGCAGAAAGUGGACGACUCCUGCUUGUAUAAUAUUCCAAAAGAGGAAAUGCAACCGAAAUGCGGUAACGGGAUUGCAGAAGAAGGAGAGGAAUGCGACUGUGGCACCGAACAGAAUUGUCAAGAGAAAGACCUAUGCUGCGAACCGAAAACUUGCAAACUGAAGCCGGGAUCGCAGUGUAGUGAUCUCAACCACAGAUGCUGCGCUAACUGCUUGUUUAAGGCGGAGGGUGAGAUGUGCCGAGAAAGCAAGGGCGAGUGCGACGUGCCGGAGUACUGUACAGGAACAUCUGGACGGUGUCCUGGCGAUGAGUACGCGCGCGACGGAUAUGAAUGUGACAGCGAAAAACAGAUCAUCCGCGGAAUAGAGUACCCCGGCCAGGUUAGCGAGCACGCUCUCUCGCCCCGCAUCGUGGCGCGCUACAUCCGCAUCAACCCCCGCCACUGGAGCACCAAGAUGUGCCUCACUACUGAGAUCUUCGGCUGCUCCGGCUCUGGAGUCGAUGCUUCAAGCCCGACGCCACUACGUACAAAUAACUUCUGCCUCGCACCUCAGCGUGGCGGAUGCCAGGCUGCUGAUGGUACGGCUCUUGUCUUCUCUGACUCCGCCGACUGCGAGAAGCAAGAAAUGCAAUUUACUCUGUCAGCGGAUAGAGUACUAAAGCAUGCGUGCAGUGAUAAGCUAGUGUGUCCUAAGGACUCAAACAACUGGGACAACACUCUUCUUCAGAUCAGCUCCAAGUGCAGCCGAGCGCAGGCCACUUUUGAACGAACCCAAGGAGGCUCUUUGAAGCACAGCGCCAGCGGCAAAUGCGUCCACCCGUAUAGCGGUGGCUACACUGCUGGUACGCAAAUGUGUAUCUAUGGGGACUGCGACCUUCCCAGGAUAAAGAUCGACUUUAUGAGUCAAGACUGCUUAUUACCUCUCGGAAUGGCUAGCCGUAAGAUCAAAGAUGACCAGAUCUCUGCUUCGUCCUUCACCAACAAAGACCAUAUGGCAAAACAUGGACGUCUUGGCGGGAAACAGGCGUGGUGCGGACGCGGUGACCGCGAGCAAUACUUGCAGAUAGAUUUGAAAAAUGUGAUGACGAUAUCGAGUGUUGCUCUCAGUGCACCAGACUGGGACUUUGUGAGCGGCUACUACCUCUAUUACAGUACAGACGGAGAGUCUUGGAAGGCGUACAUCGAACAGGAUGAGCAGGCGAAACUAAAAUCGCAUUGCUACAUGGGAAGAUGUACCGAUACCUUAAACACGCAAUGCACGGAUCUCUGGGGAUCAGCUGCUCGCUCUGCAGACAAAGCCUGUUACGAAAAGUACAACAAGGAAGGGCGGGAAUAUGGCACGUGUGACCCAUCGACAUCUAAACCAUGUGCGCAAAGUGACGUGUUGUGUGGCCAGCUUCAAUGUCUGGACACUGUGAAUGAUAAGCCCGCAGUUAUUGACUUUGGCAGCGGUUACCUUAGAAAAUCAAUAGGAAAAGGCGUAAAGUGCAGCGUGGCGAAAUUAAAAUCUGCUGACUACGUCGGUCUGGGCAUGGUGCGAGACGGGACGACUUGCGGGUCUAACAAGAUUUGCAUAAAUCACAAGUGUGAGUCGCUGUCGUCUUUACGCCCAAAAUCCUGUCCGUCGAUUGGCGGGAAGGAAUGCGCCGGCCAUGGAGUUUGUACGAACGAGGGCAAGUGUGCCUGUGAUCCAGGCUAUGAUAUUGCGUCAUCGUGCGCAAAGGCGUACUCACCACGCGAUGGCUCAUGGGGCAAGUGGUCGCAGUGGACUGAGUGCUCAAGGUUCUGUAACGGCGGCACGCGCAUGCGCUAUAGACUGUGUGACAGCCCCUCCCCGCGGUACGGCGGUAAAGAGUGUCAUGGAGAAAGAAUACUUGAGCAGGAAUGUAACACAGAUCCUUGCCCAGAGGCCCAUUCGUGUCGUCAUAUCCAACAACUCGGCAAAUCUAAAGGCGUCAACUACCGUGACGGUGUCUACAAGAUAAACCCGGACGGCAAAGGUGCAGUGAAGACGUACUGUGACAUGUCACGUGAUGGGGGAGGAUGGACGCUAUUGGUCACUAGCUUUACGAACAAGUGGACGGGGCAAAAGGUCAAGAAGAACAACGAGGACAAGCCGUCACUCAAACAGGACUUCUCUAUUUUGUACAAGGCUGAUGACAUAAAGAAUAGCUUGAAUGUGGUCGGAGACAACUUUGAGUAUCGUCUGGAGGCAAAUGAGUUUGGUCGCUGGGGCGGCAUAUGGUCAGCGCCUCGUUCCUAUACCUUCCUUGCUACAGAUAACUCACAGACUGCUGUGGACCUGACGAAGAAGUUCGAUGAUUGGGAGUACGACUACUGGAGUCUGGAGAAACGAAUGCCUUGGCUGACUGGCGCGCGUCUCACUACCGCAGGGGACCCUGGACAGUCCAACUAUGGGUCUAUCACUGCAAAUCUCAAGGAGUACCAUCCUGCCCCGUGGAUUUUUGGCAAAGGGAAAGAGGAACAGCCAUCUCGGAUUUGGUACUGGUUACGAGAGGGAGAGUACCGCCAGCCCAGCUCAUGUAUGGAUAUACUGACACGCAGCGCGGGUGAACAGCCCGCAAAAGACGGGGUGUUCGCGAUCAGCAUCGGUGACAAACACGUGCAGACCUACUGCGACAUGACCCGAAACGGGGGCGGUUGGACACUAGUACUCACCAGGGCCACCAGGCAAGGUUGGACACAGGCCUCCAUACAAGAAAAGAAUGUUAACGAUCCUCGUCUUGAUAAAGACUACUCCCUUAUUGGUUUGAGCGAUGAGCUGCUGGGUAAUCAAAAAUUUCAGUAUCGCAUAGAGGCAGAUGGCACCGACACAUGGGGCGGUAUAUGGGCAGCGCAAGCCGGGACAUCCCUCUCGUCUACCUCAAGUAAACAUACGCAAAUUAAGUUACUCAAGAAGUUUAGUUCCUGGGAUGAAAGUACAGAGAGCUUAAAUACGCGAGCCCCUUAUAUCGAUAAGGGUACCUAUACUACAGUCUCAUCCCGGUCGGACAAGUCCGGGGCGCUGAUAUCGGACAGUGGAGACUACAUAAAGACGGGGAGGCAAAGACCGAGUGUUAUACGGAUUUGGGUCAGACCAGGAACAUGGCAGUCCUGUAACCAGAUCAAGCUGCAUAAGAGUCCAGAUGUCCGACUUUCGGACGGCGUGUACAUGAUCGCGACAAAAGACCCCGCCACAUAUCUCCCGGUGUACUGUGACAUGACGUCAGAACCUGGCGCCUAUACCCUACUCGUCACCAGUGCUAACGGCAACUGGAAACCACAGGAAGUCACUGUUAGAAACCAAGGAAGCCCUUCACUUAUCAGAGAUUACUCGAUUCUGGAUUAUGCCGACGACAUCAAAUCCGCCAGCCAUGCCAAGACAUUGAAGUACAAGCUGGAGGCUCGUGAGAGAGGAGCCUGGGGUGGAGUAUGGGAGGCACCUAGAGACUAUAGCUUCACAAAGAAAGACAACAGUCAAACGAAUGUCAAACUGAUCAAUAAGUUGGGAGACUGGAAGAAUAACAAAGACGCCAUUCAAAACCGCAUGCCUUGGUUAGGGUCAGCCAAAGCGCUGCUGACAACAAAUCAGUACUCAAAUUGGUACGGCCCCGGGACACUGAUCACUGAUAGCGGGGAUUUUGACCCUGCACCGUGGAUCUACCCGGAUGGGUACAAUCCCGGAGUCAUAAGGUACUGGAUUAAUGACGACGACUGUGGAGCCGACAGAAAACCCGUAAAUGGAGGCGUGUCUGGUUGGAGUUCAUGGAGCGCAUGUGACGAGCUUUGCAAACCAGGGAAACAAGUCAGGAGCAAGUUGUGCAACAAUCCGUCGCCGCGAUGCGGUGGCGCCCCUUGCCCUGAUGCGCAGAUGGCGCAACAGACCAGAGACUGCUACUUCUGCCCUGAAAGCCCGAUCCGCACACAGAAUGGUUACUGCGUGCAGCCGAGUCUACCUCGAUGUUCCAUGCCUGAUGGUACCGCACUCCUCUACCGCAAGGGAGCGAAGGACUGCUCAGAGGACUACCAAGCCUUCCUCUACGACCAAGAUCACGUCCUCCGCCACAAAUGCUCCGGCAAGCUGGUCUGUCCAAGAGGGAGUCCUGGCAACAUGUGGGGUGCACCACUAGUGCUGACGUCACAAUGCAGUACAGAUGACGCAAAGUUUCUCAGAACCAAGCGUAAAUCCUUGCGGCACACCGUCAGUAAUCUUUGUGUCCAUCCUGAAGGCGGAGUGGCAAGUGAUGGUGUCGGCCUCGUGUUAUGGCAGGCUUGUGAUGAGGACAGGCUGGUCCAUGACUUGGUCAAUCUUAAAUAGAGCCCUUCAAAUGCACGAUAUAAUUCCACGAUAACUUGUCAUCUUUAUCAAUAGACUUCAUUAAUGCACCAUGCCUUUGUCAGCUUGGUCCAUCUUUAAAAGAGCCCUUCAAAAGUGCACGAUUCCUUUGUCUAACUUAUAAGAACCCGCGGUUUAAAUUUUUAGUAAACUCAUAUAACAAACCCGGGAUUACCUUCAUAAAGGAGCUUAAAGGCCGUUGACUACAACUAAUGUUGAUGAAAUUAAAAAUAAAAGAAUAAAAAAGCAUUUGUAGAAA